GUUAAAAAUUGGGGAUUGGCUAUUCCACCCAGAUAUUCGCCUUAGAAUCCUCCCAUUCUCUAACCGAAUUGAUGCGGAACCUUGUGCACGCAUCACGAAUUCAACAGGAAAAUAUUAAUCAAAUGGCGCCUGCUUGAAAGGAAAGACAAUUACUUGACGGAAAAUUCUUGCUUCAUCUCUCCAUCUUUGUCUCGUUCAAAUCUAACACAAUUGAUUGCUAGUUGCUACCAAGACAACACCACUCCUCCCUGCCCAUUUUCCCGUCUUCUUCAUAUCUUUUAUGCAUACCCAUUUGUAAGAUUCAAAGGAUUUCCUCGGUUUCUGCAACGUAUCUAUCCAUUUGUGGACAUAUAUAACAGCAAGAAGAAGAAGAAGAACGCCAAUCACUGACCAAGAUGGAAAGCGAAAGCCUUGUAUAUUCGCUGGAUGAAGCGCUUGCUGCUGUGGGGUUUGGGAAAUUCCAAAUUCUAGUGCUUCUUUAUGCUGGAUUUGGGUGGUUUUCAGAAGCAAUUGAAAUUAUGAUUCUCUCUUUUGUUGGGCCUGCUGUUAAGUUGAAGUGGGCACUCUCCGCGAGUCAAGAGAGCCUGUUAAGUACGAUUGUUUUUGCGGGUAUGCUGACUGGAGCCUAUUCAUGGGGCAUUAUAUCAGAUAAUUGUGGAAGGAGGAAAGCUUUUCUAAGCAUGACAGUGAUUACUAGUGGAGCUGGGUUCCUGAGUGCUUUCUCCCCGUAUUAUACUUCAUUAGUAUUUCUCCGUGGUUUGGUUGGUUUUGGCCUGGGUGGUGGACAUGUAUUCUUAUCUUGGUUUCUUGAGUUUAUUCCCACUUCACAUAGAGGCAAGUGGAUGGUUAUCUUUUCAACUUUCUGGACUCUUGGAACUAUAUUUGAGGCUUCACUAGCAUGGAUUGUGAUGCCAAGACUGAAUUGGAGGUGGCUACUUGCUCUUUCUGCUGGACCAUCAUUUGCUUUGCUGCUCUUUUAUCGCCUAGUUCCAGAGUCUCCAAGAUAUCUAUGCUUGAAAGGCAGAGCAGCUCAUGCACAUCAAAUUCUGGAGAAAAUGGCUUUAGUUAACCAGAAAGAAUUACCCCUUGGUAUGCUUGUUUCUUAUGAGACAAUAAAAGUGGAUGAAGAAAAUCCAUCAGAACAUACAAGUGUCAUCUCUGUAGCUAGAGAAAAGAUCUCGUCAUUUAGAUCAAGUUUCUCAUCGUUUUUUAUGCUUUUUUCAUCAAACUUAAUUGGGACAACCCUUCUCCUAUGGGUGUUAUUCUUUGGAAAUACAUUUGUAUAUUAUGGCAUCGUAUUGCUGACCUCUGAGCUAAGUACUGUGCGUAGAAAAUGUGACUACACUAGCUUGCAAACAGAAAAUCUCGGGGAAGAUAGUCUCUACACAGAUGUGCUUAUCACUAGUUUUGCAGAGCUUCCUGGGCUUUUCUUAUCUGCUAUUACUGUGGAUAGAUUUGGCCGGAAACUUGCUAUGGCAAUAAUGUUCGUCUUAGCAUGGGUGUUCCUUUUACCACUGGUCUUUCAUCAGUCUGCAAAAGUAACAACGGCGUUGUUGUUUGGAGCUCGCAUGUUCUCCAUGGGAACCUUCACUGUCGCCUGCAUAUAUGCCCCAGAAUUAUAUCCAACCUCUGUGAGGUCAACUGGUGCUGGAGUUGCCACUGCCGUGGGGAGAAUUGGUGGGAUGGUGUGUCCUCUUGUAGCAGUUGCUUUGAUAAGCAGUUGCCAUCUAAAGGAAGCGUUCAUCAUAUUUGAGGUUGUAAUUGCUGUUACUGUAAUCUGCAUUCUGCUCUUCCCAUUUGAUACGAGCGGACGCAAGUUGAGUGACUCUGUAGAUUCAUCAGAUUUAACACAAUCUCUUCUUUCUGGGAGUUCGAAUUGUACACCAUCAUCAUCAGCAGCAGAAAUUCUACCACCAAAGAUUAAAUUCUAGUACAGCAUCACUGUGUAUAUUUAUGUCAAAAUUCAAUUGAAUUUCACUAGUAUUACUAUUACUCAUUUUCACUUCAAUCAAAUUAAUAUAUGAGAAAUUUUCACUCUGAUAA